AUGGACGGCAGGAAUUUGGCGGAUCAGGAGAAACUAGAAAGAAUAUCUCAACCGGCGACCAACCGACGUCCACACAAUGAUACACCCUCACAAAAGACCGCUUGGCCUAGAUGGCAGAAAAGGGGGAAAGAGAAGAGCAGCCUGGCACUCGCUGGCACAUGGAUCGUGGACCAUCAAAUCAGUAUAUCUCUGAAUCUCAUCUCGAUGCUGUUCUUCAUACACACAUUCUUCCCUCCCGCGCGCCACCAUACCCAGAAAUUCUUCCGCAUUUCCUACUACAACCCGGCCACUGGCACGUUUGCCCUUGGCUGGGACGACAUUUUCUUCGUCUUCUACUGGAUUGUCGUCUUUAGCGGCCUUCGCUGUGCGGUCAUGGACUAUUUGCUCGGACCCCUGGCAUCCUCCCUGGGCAUCAAGAAGAAAAAGCCAAAGGUUCGAUUCGCAGAACAAGCGUGGCUUUUGCUCUACUACAGCAUUUCCUGGAGUGUUGGCAUGUACACCAUGUAUACCUCGGAUUACUGGUUGGACGUGCGGGCAUUAUGGCGAAAUUGGCCGAUUCGAGAGAUGGAAGGACUGGCGAAAUGGUACUACCUGGUCCAAUUCGGCUUUUACCUGCAGCAAAUCGUGGUGGUCAACAUCGAGGAGCGCCGCAAGGACUACAUGCAGAUGUUUGUGCACCACAUCAUCACCUGUUGCCUCAUAUUCACCUCCUAUGGCUAUCACCAAUAUCGGGUCGGGACUCUGAUCCUCUCCCUGAUGGAUAUUGUGGACGUGAUCUUGCCGACGGCCAAGAUCCUCAAGUACCUCCACUUCAACACUGCAUGCGACGUCGCUUUUGGCGUGUUCAUGGUCACCUGGUUUGUCACAAGGCAUGUACUGUACACCUGGGUCUUGUACAGCAUUUAUGCCCACAUCCCCCAAGAGAUCAGAUACGGUUGUUACCAAGGAAGCGUGCUUGACCUGAAGGGGCCGUCACCGACGCCCAAUGACUGGAGUCACCUGAUACAGCCAUUCCGGGAUCCUGUGGGGCUCGUGUGUUGGAACAACAGCAUCAAAUGGGCUUUCCUCCUGUCGCUUGUCGCACUGCAGGUAGUUCUGCUCAUCUGGUUUGCCGCAAUCAUCAGAGUCGCCUACAGAGUCCUGACCGGGCAAGGGGCGGAUGAUGUCCGCUCGGAUGAUGAGGAUGACGAGGAGGAAGAUAUCUCGACGGAAAGAAUGCAUCUGGCGGGCCCUGAAAACAAAGGAAGUAAUUACAUCGACACCGUCCAACUCUGCGUCGAGCCACAGUCACAUCACGAGACCGAGGUCCUAAGCACAGACGCCAACUUCUCUCUGUCCAACUCGUCGAAAUCGACGAUGAGGUCAAAACCCAAGCACAAGCCAGCUUCCUUUGGAUCGGCCCCAGAACGGAGCGCCGGGUCGGACAUUACACGUUCUACUUCGAACGGCAGCCGGAGGAAGCACAAGCACGAAUCAGCCCACUCGUCGAGCGUCAAUCUGCUCGCGGCUAGCAGCGAUCGCAAGGAGCUCCUCGGCCGCAUUGGCUGUGACAAGGGUACCGCUUCCGAAUAG